GGCAAGUUCUUGCAGACAGAAAAAGUGAAGCGCCCGGUAGAUGUGAUUUAACAGUGAAGCUGAUCGCAGCACAGUAUAGUGAGAAUGAAUUACUGGUUUCAUCUUUGCAUCCUUUCAUCUGUCGCCCUCUCUUGUUAUGGGCAGCAGUUGAAAUCAGGUCACCAGCAAGAGGACCCUUGCAAAACCAAGUCACGAGUGGUCGGGGACGCCACUUACUGCGACAGAUACUGGGAGUGCGUGAACGGGCAGCCGGAGCUCUAUGACUGCCCCAAUGGUCUCGUCUACGCGGGCAAACACCGCGGUGUCACCGAAGGGUGCGACUACCCGUGGAGGGCCAACUACUGCGAGGAUAAGCAGCAAGCUAAUGGUCCAAUUGGCAAGGAGCACUGUGACUGGCUGUACGGAAUCUUUGGUCACGAGACUUCAUGCACUCGCUAUUGGACUUGCUGGAAUGGAACGGCAACUGAGCAGCUUUGCAUCGGAGGGCUCCUCUAUAACGAAAACACCCACUCGUGUGACUGGCCCGAAAAUGUAGACGGAUGCCAAAAACAUCCCCUAUGUAACGAAGACGCCAACGGGAACGUGCCUUUAGGCAAGUCAUGUAACAGGUACUGGCAGUGCCAAGGUGGCUACCCUCGUCUGCAGAGAUGCCCAGCCAUGCUCGUUUUCGACAAGAGAUCUCUGAGGUGCGUCGUGCCUCCAACUGAAGACUGCGAAGUUCCCACUACCCCGGCGCCUAGCCCUGAGGAAUUGGACGAGGAGGAAAACCUUCCCCCGCAACAACAGCGCGGCCAGCAAGAGCAAGCACCGAGGCCCCAGCCAUCCAGGGGACAGCAGUUCCAGAACCAGCCCCAGCAGCAGCGGCAGCAAAACCAGCCGCAGUACCAACCCCAACCCCAACCUCAAUCCCAGCCGCAAGCCAGGCAGUUCCAGCCUCAGCAACAGCAGUUCGCACCCACGCCGCAAUACCAACAGCAGCAGUACCAGCCACAGGCUGGAAGGCGGGAGGAUCGCCAAUUCGAGCAACCUCAAAACUUCCAACAGAACCAAGGAGGCUUCAGGAAUAGGAACUAAACAGGCUGGUUACCAAUUUUAAGCCUGUGAUAUUUCUCCCUUUUCCAAAAGGUUUCAAACUGAGACUCGGUGAAUCAAAUUUUUACGGGGGUCGGAAAGUCUUUCACUACGUGAGACGAUUGGUUCUAUUUUUGUAAAACCAAGCUGCAGGAAACGAUCACUCGCCAGCUUGAUGCGUGUUGCAUAGAAGCACUCCGAUCGUCCAGACGAAUCUCAUCCAAUGAUUUUCACCCCACUCUGUCACCCCGACGUAGGUAUUUAUAAGUCGAUAUAAAAUAAGCUGAUGACACUUCAUAAGGGAGUUAGCUUUACCUAAAAACAGGCUAAUUUUGGUCAUCCCUCAUUCAUUUGUGACAUUUGAUUAAUAAAAUGUCGCUCAAUCCGCAACUGCAGUCUCGCAAACUGUGAGAAAAAAGUAAAUUCAGCCAAAGACAAAUUAAUCUGGGCACACAUUGAUUUUCGUUUAGGAGUCGUUAAAUUAUACUUUUUGAUUUUAAACUCAUGCUUUGAGAAAAAUUUUGGGUACAAUAAAAGAUAAAAUUUCUUAGACACAAAGUCAUACCAAAUCUUUUGCGAGACUUUCAAAAAGUACCUAUAUACAGAAUGUAAUACAUAGCAUCUCAUUGUCAGUUCUUGAUUUUUCCUAUGAUUGGUCUUUAAAAUUACGUUACUUUAGUUAAAGGCAAUGGUCUGAGCAAUACCAAUUGAAAAGUUUUUGCCAUGCCAAAUCUUGAAUUUUUGAACCACCUAAUUUUUGAUAUUUUUUAAUUCAUUACAUUCUCGUUGCAGUUAAUAUAAUGUUGUACUGUCAGUAGAAAGAAACGCCGACUCCUUAAAAUUGCCAUCGGUUGGCUGAUUAUUGAAAUUGAUAGAAAAAGCUUUAGACAGAAGAGAGACAGAGAAAAUGAAGCAUUUCUAUUAUUGAUGGAGGCGGGUGCUUGCAAUGGACAAAUCGGUGAAGACUAACUAACGGCAACUCACACGGUCAUUUAUAGUUAGUCCAUCAUUUUACCUCUUAGUCUAUGGAAUCGUACGUUUCAGCCAAUAAGAUGGCUCAAUUUACCCAUUGUCUCCUUCCAACCAAUUUUAUCAUCAGCCCACUGCAAUGGAAGAUGUCUCCGUUUUCACGUCUCAAAUGUUUCAUCGCUCAACGCAAAUUCAAAAAACCUUUAGUAUAAUCAAGCAAAUUGUUGCAUUUUCACUUGAAACGAUAGUAAGUUACAUUGAAAAUUAAGUAUAACUACAAAGUUCUAAUAAUAGGAAACUGCAAGCUUUCAAAACUUUUAAUUGAUGUUUGGAUUCUACCUCACUGCCUCUGAUUAUCACCUCCUUCCAAAAGAUGUAACAUUAUAGUCUAAAUAUAUUGAAAUCUUUCUGUAAUCAGUAUGAAAGAGAAUUUGAUUUUUACUCUUUAUCAGUAUUGAGAAGUAAUCUGAAGCUACUGAAUACAAAUAUAAUAGCAGGCAAAUCUAAGAUGAAUGUCCCAUAUGGCCAUGAAAAAAACAUUAAUGUCGUAAUAUACAUAUCUUUUCUAUACUUUAUAUACAAUAUUUCAUCCCUAGAGCUUCUACUGUGUUUCUUCAUUGUCCUCAUCGAAUUCAUUACUUUCUUAACUUAAAGGCAAAUUGUCGAGCUCAUUAUAAUUUGAAAUGUAAGUUAUUGUUUCAUUUUUACCUUUGAAAAUGUUUAUGUAAUUUUAAAAGAUAUUAAAGACUUGUACAAUUUUUACUACAAUUUUUAGAACUUUUUAAAAUGGUAACUGUAGAUAGUCCUAUUUAAUUUUAUACAGCGUGUGAAGUAGGUAGAUUUUAAAUAAAAAGUUAAGAAUAAACCAGUUUUAAAAGUU